AUGUUCAGGGCUACUCUCGCGAAGAGAGGUCGCAUCGUCGUGACCGGCGGCUCCGGCAAGGCUGGCCAAUCGAUCAUCACCGAACUCCUCAAAAACGGACAUCAGAUCCUGAAUCUAGAUCUGGCCCCAAUGUCCCGCCCAGGCGUGCACACCCUGAAGACCGAUCUCGCCGACAGCGGCCAGGUUUUCAACGCACUCUCCGGACAAUGGGCACUGACCGAGCCGUUCCCCAAAGGCCUGCCUCCUCCACCUGAUGCCGUAAUCCAUAUGGCCGGGUACCCACGCAACAUGAUCGUGCCGGAUAAUGAGACCUUCCGCUCCAAUACGCUGGGUACAUACAAUAUCUGUGAAGCAGCCUGCAAGCUCGGGGUCCGGAAGCUUGUCAUCGCAAGCAGCACUACCGUGUACGGGGUGGCAUUUGCUCAAGGCGAUGUAAACUACAAAUCCUUCCCCGUCGAGGAAGAUCAAGAUGUCUGUCCGACGGACACAUACGCCAUUGGGAAACUAUGCAACGAGCGUGUAGCCCGUGGCUUUGCAGCCCGCUUUAAUGCUGACAUCUAUGUUCUCCGUAUUGGACAUGUUAUCGGGCCGGAAGAGUACAAUGCGGAUAUCUUUUACAGUUAUGUCCAUGAGCCGGAGUUGUGGAAAGUGCAUGGGUGGGCGUAUGUUGAUUCGCGGGAUCUGGGUGGAAUGUGUGAGGCUGCUUUGCAGAAGGAUGGGUUGGGGUUCCAGGUUUUCAAUGCGACAAAUGACACGAUUACGACUCUGAAACCUACUAAGGAGCUGUUGCAGAAGCUAUAUCCUGAUACACCUGUCACGCGGGAGUUGGAGGAGUUUGAGGCGCCGUUGACGAAUGCGAAGAUUAAACGGUUGCUUGGGUUUCAAGAGAAACACAAGUGGCAGAAGUACUUUAAUAUGUGGGAUAAGAAACGGGCCAUUCCGAAGUGA